UGGGUCUCUUGGAGGAAUUGAAUCUGGCCUGUGGGUUUAAGGAGCUGCAAACCUUUGUCUUUGAAGGCCAAGGGAGUUCUGGGAGCGAGAGGCAGUUGAAACACAACCAAUUUACGACGCACACCCCAUCUUGAGUGGUAUCGCAAUCUUUCAAACAGGUUCAACGUUUUUGAAGCAAAAUGGGCCUAGAUGAAGACUUCAAGGAGACGGCCACAGUGGUCAGCCAAGAGCUCAAUCAGGCCUUGUCAGACAGCGAUCUCAUCGAGCUCUACGGACUGUUCAAGCAAGGUCAAGUGGGUGAUAUCGACAUCGAGUGCCCCGGAGAAGACUACGACAAGGUCAAGUGGAUCGCGUGGAACAAGCACAAGGGCAUGGAUCCCGAGGACGCCAAACAGGAAUAUAUCAGCUAUGCCAAGAAGAUGUUUGCGAAAUAUGCCAAUAAGAAGAAAUUCCAAAAUUAUUAACCCUCAUCGCGUUGUCAAAGGCAAAAAGAUCAAGAAGUGACUCCAUACAAUUUGCGAGUGUGUCUGAAAACCAUUAGAAGAGGAAAAAAAUUGCCCCCCCCCCUAAAGAGCUCAGUGCUUGUCGGAUUUGAUUCAACCGUGAUUUCAUUUAGAGUUGCUGAACCCAAUUCCUGCUCCAUAAAUUUACUUCCUAUCGCUCUCCUGUCCUCAACAUCACUUUCGAAAUCCUUCAAUUUGCAGAUUACCUCGUUUUCCUUGUCAUUCUUCUAGAGAUAUUUCCACAUUCUAUUCUUUUUUUUUCGAAUGCAGUAUCCGUUGUGAGGGAUUUGCAUGUUUAGGCUCUUAAAUGGAUUGGUACCACUUUUGAAGCAAAUUAAGCCGAUGGAAAUUGUCACCGUGGUUUGUUUAUUUCCAUUCGUUGGGAUAUGAGUGUUUGCUUCCCCGGUCUUCAUCUUUAAAAAAAAUAUGCUUGUCAUAGGAACACAAUAAAAGAAAGCUUGAAUAAGAAA